UUUCGUAAGCCUCAGAUGAUUUUUUGAGAUCUUCGAUUUGUUCCUAGGGCAUCUUAGCGUGCUGUCUCCAAAUUGCAAAGUCCACACAUACCCGUGUCAAGCACGCGCCAGAUGUGGUCAACAGAAAGCCAAUCCUUACGACUUUCAGUCUUAUUCAGGCUUAGUGUGGAGAAUUACACGCACCUUAUGGGUAUAUGACCUGACGAUUGCAUCGGGCCCACAAAGGAACCGAAUAUUCGUCUGAAUUACUGGCCGGGAGAUACCAUAGCCGGGGAUGAAAUAGCUGAGGGUGGGGGGUCAAGUUGUUGUGGCAUUCUCACGAUAUUUUUAUAACAUUCGGGGGGAUCAGAAAGAUACUUAUACACCUAUAGUUGCCAUAGUUGGCUCUCUUGUAAGGGCGGCGUUAUUGCUGUGAUGAAUUCGGGGGUGCCUCCAUAUCUUCCCUUUCAUUGGGGGCCACUAUAUGGAGAUAGGCAACGAUUUUGUCCAAAUACAGUAUACAAGGCAUCCAAUGACUUCAUACAUUGGCGAUAGAUGCUGGAAGACGGCGCUUGAAGACCUCCACGUUAAAGGCGCAGCCUUGUGCAAGCAAGACAGGCCGAUAAUGCAGGGCCACUGGGCACUAGCCACUACCACCUUCCUAUGCAUGCAUGAUACUCACGGGAGGAACUGGACUUGGACUGGGGUUUUCUGUCUUCGGGUAACGCCGCUUUGAGGCUAGCGCGGUUUCUGAUCAGCGUAUUGUUAGCAGCCAAUUGCUAAUGCCAGUCGCAUUUACCCAGCAGGCCGUGACUGCUAUUUAAAUACGCCCGGUUUCGAGGGUUUGGUUCUCUUCGCGAAUUCGCUCUCAAUCCACCAUGGAGCGGCAUGCCCCAUCACCAGGAUCACCCGGAUCUGAGUCAACAUUCGAAAACAUUCCUGAAGACUUGGAGAGAGGCAUGCACGAGUACGGACGAGAAUUUCCACCUCACAGGGAUGAAAACUCUCUUCCGAUCCUGCGUCCCCAGGAUUCCCAAGCUGAACAAGCGGCACGAAUCUCCAGUGCGAUUUGGCAGUUUCUCGCAAAUGAUGACUUGACUGUCACAUCGCCGCUGCAGGACGUACGGCGCAUUCUGCAUAUUAACUGCGGCACGGGCACAUGGUGCACCUUGGCGAGCGAGAAAUAUCCAAACGCGAAGGUUCGCGGCUGGGACACCAUAACUUCUUGGAAACGGAAAGCGCCGCAAAUGGUCAGUUUCUACGUCGGAGAUUUCAAAGAAGCAUUCGAAUCCUGUGAACGCUGGGAUAUCAUACUUUUGAGCGAUUUACUGGGUACGGUUCAGGACUGGAAGGAAAUAUACCGUUCAUGCUAUAGGAACUUAAACAGCGGCGGAAUACUUAUACAUCGCGAGUUGGAACCGUACAUUCAUCCCUUGGAUUCUUUGCCUCCCACUAUUUCACAGUUCAAUACCUUCCUGCGCCAAGCGGCAGAAUCUGCUGGAACUCCACUUGAUAUCGCAAAGCACAUGCAAGAACAAAUGAAGGGCCAGAACUUCUCUGUACGUGCGAACAUCGACCCAAAGCAUCGAAUCCCUCUAGGGACUUGGGAUCACAGGCGGCAGUACGUGAUGCUUGGAGAGCUUAGCCUCGCUCGUAUCCACUUGGACCUUGAAGGCUUAUGCUUGCGU